CCAGAAUUGUACCACUUCUCAUCAAUUGAUUGCUACUAAUUUACCUGUAUAUCCUCUGAACAAUGCCAAUCUACAAGAAGCAUUAUUGGUAUUAAUGAGCUUACUCCAACAAACAGCCCAACCCAAAGCAUCUGAAGAAUGUUUUGCAUAUCUAGGAUUUACUGCCGAAGAUACUUCUAUUUUUGCCCUAGCAGAAGUAGAAAUAAGGAAGCAUAAUCCAAUAGAAACCCAUGCUAAGAAAAGAAAAGUAGAGGAAGAAAAAGCAGUAUUAGUAAAAGAAAUACCAGGAAACAAUAAAAACAAAGAAGAAUCACAACCCACCUUAGUUAGCGAUAAUGAUUACGAAAAAGAGAGAGACUAUGAUUGGAAUCAAGAAGAAGUAUCUAGUAACGAGAAUGAAAUAGAAAGAGAUAAAAGAAAUUUAGAAGAAGAGUUACUUACCCCUAUAGACUUUGAUACUCUUUGGAAUGAAAAAGAACAAUUUGAAGAAUUCCUGAAAUCAACCUCAGAAAUCCUACCUGUAGAUGUCUAUGAUGAAAUCAGUGAUCUCUUUGAUUUUUACUUUGACGAAGAGACCGGCUCAGUAAUAAAGUAUAAUAUUGAUGGCCUUCCAGAAACUCAAAAGGAACAA